CAUUUCUCGCUUUGUUUCUCCAAAUCCUUAUCCGCUGGAUUACAAAAAUGAGGAGCUUGAUCGGAGAGAGGCAUAGUGGAAGCUAUCUGUGAAAUCUUAGGAUUUGAAUCUGAAUUCUCAGGCAUUUGAUUCCUUCUCCGUUACAUACUGAUUCAAUUUGAGCUCCUUUGCUAGUGUAAAUCUCCUCAUCUCGGAAACUUAGGGCUUAGUUUGGGGUCCUUUGCUCUUAGUUGCGUAAGCCAUGUUUAAGAAAAUCAUGAAAGGUGGGCAUCGAAAGCCCUCUAAAUCCGAAGUUAAUGAACCGUCUAGUUAUGGGAUUGGCUCCAAUGUGGUCGUUAGUCACGCAUCUCGUGGUGCAUUGGUUAAUUCGUCUCCGUCGCCAGUGACUGCAACUCCACCACUUCCGCCCAUGGGCUCGGUGGAGGUACUCUCGUUGUUUAGGGAUGUGCCGGUUUUAGAGAGGCAAUCUUUGUUCUUGAGAAAACUUCAGAAUUGUUGUUUUCUAUUCGAUUUCACUGACACGAUUAAGAACGCGAGAGAGAAGGAGAUUAAGAGGCAAACGUUGUUGGAGUUGGUGGAUUUUAUACAGUUUGGAUCUAGUAAGAUCUUAGAGUCGUGUCAGGAAUAAAUGAUUAAGAUGAUUACUUUUGUUUCUUUAAUUUAAGAAAGAUUUAGCAAUUUA